AUGGUCAAGACGUUCUCGGCGCUGGCGCUCGCGGCCUCGAUGGCCUCGGCCGAAGUCUACUUCCAAGACGACUUUACGUCCUACAACUGGGUCCCGUCGACCUUUAAGCCCGCCCACGAGCGCGCCGAGUUCACGCACACGCCCGGCGACGUCUUCGUGGACGACGCGGACAAGGCGAUCCAGACCAAGACGGACGCGCGCUUCUACGCGGCGUCGACCAAGCUCGACAAGGUCUUCAACAACAAGGACAAGGACCUCUUUCUCUCGUACCUCGUCAAGUUUGAGCAGGACAUUGACUGCGGCGGCGCGUACGUCAAGCUCCUGCCGGCCAACACGGACCUCGAGACGUUCUCGGGCGACUCGCCGUACUCGAUCAUGUUUGGCCCGGAUGUCUGCGGCACGACGCGCAAGACGCAUCUCAUCUUCAACUACCAGCGCCCGAACGAGGACGAGGCCAAGAACUUGGAGCAUAAGACGGACAUCAAGGCCGAGAAGGACAAGGACGCCCACUUGUACACGCUCGAGCUGACCAAGGACAACAAGUACAACGUCAAGAUUGACGGUGUCGAUAUCAUGUCGGGCUCGCUCGCCGAAAACUGGGCCUUCCAGCCCGCCAAGGAGAUCCAGGACCCGUCCAAGUCGAAGCCUGCUUCGUGGGUCGAUGCUGCCAAGAUCCCCGACCCGGCUGACAAGAAGCCCGCUGGCUGGGAUGAUAUCCCCAAGACGAUCCCGGACCCGUCGGCUAAGAAGCCCGAAGACUGGGAUGAUGAGGACGAUGGUGACUGGGAGCCGGCCAUGAUCGAAAACCCGGCCUACAAGGGCGAGUGGAAGCCCAAGAUGAUCGACAACCCCGAGUACAAGGGCGAGUGGGUGCACCCGGUGAUCGCCAACCCCGACUGGUUCGAGGACGACCACAUGUACAACGUCUGCAAGGACUGCGGCGCCAUCGGCUUCGAGCUCUGGCAGGUCAAGUCGGGCACGCUCUUUGACGAUAUCCUUGUCACGGACAGCAAGUCGGAGCUCGAGGCCCACGAGACCAAGGUCCUCGCCAAGAUCCAGCAGCUCAACGACCACCGCAAGGAGGCCGAGGAAGCCGAACGCAAGCUCAAGGAGGAAGCCGAGAAGAAGGACGAUGAAUCCAAGACGGAGGACGCUGCCGACGAGGACGAGACGCCCGAGAAGGACGAGCUGUAA